UGAGUCAGUGCCUGCGUGCAUGUGCACAAAUGUGUUUGAGGUAGAUAUGAUGCCAAAAUAUUAAAUAUUAUAGCCAAGUCCAGGUUUGACCAUUUGAUCACUGACAUUUUGUUCUGCCCAACUCAGUGGCCUUGUUGUUUGAGUGUCCACCCUGAGAUUGGAAGGUUGGGAGUUCGAUGCCCUGCUGAGUCAUACCAAAGAUGGGACCCAAUGCGGCUCUGCUUGGCACACAGCAUUGAGGAGAUUGUGGGUGAGGCUGUGAUACAUUAGCAUCCAGGGGGUCCAUCAAGCUGCCUCAUGCUCCAGAAACAGGAGAUAAGGCGCCUGUUCCUAUGAGCCGUUCCAGCUUGCACACUCCAAGGCUCGUGCAAGGUUAAUGACUAAUUACUUACUAAUUGUGUUCCGAAUCUUGUUAAAUAGUCCAAUAGCACCAAGGACAGUCUUAGUGCACCAAUCCAACAACAAACUCCAGGCACUAAGUAGGGCACAAACACAGUCUUGUGUUACUUGCGUAUUGUUUGUGUUAUUGUCUAGRAACUGUGGGUGAUGAGGUGAUUUGCAUUGACAUCAGUCCCAUUGUAGAUGACCUUCUCCAGAACAAAGGUAAUUCUGUAUGUUAGGCAAAGUAAAGACGGUCACUCACUCCUCGCCAAUGGAACUCAGUGCAUGACCAGAGAGACUCAGCACAAGAGAUGGUACCUAUGAAAAUGAUGACAGGGACAGGCCUCUAUUCGCUCGCUUGCCUUCUCAUGAUCAGUAGUGUACGUUCUACCUGUGUUCCUUUGCAGUGUCUGAGGUGUGACAUAAUCCCCUCACCUGAAGUGUCUGGGAAUCACAAAGCAGAUGAGGCCAUCUGUGAACACCUGUGUUCUAACACCACCCAAUGUCUCAAUACCACUGAUGUAGAGAAUUGCAUAAAAGAUUUUGAAGUGUUUCUGAACACCAGUUAUGGGUUUGAAGUGGAGGAGGGUGAUGACCUCACAAUGGAGUGUGCCCACGACCUACCGGUGAGAGUUCAUGACCUGCUGGUGUUUGUCUGGCUGAAGGAUGGGCUUCCCCUGGAGGGCGAGAACAAUAGCACGGUCACCUUGGAGAGGAUAGGCAUAGAUACCCCURCCGAGGGGAAAUACACCUGCACCAUCCAGAGUCCCUGUGGCAACUUCACCUCAGAUCCAGAAGAACUUGAAUUUAAAGACCUGACAGUGGUGAUCAUUGUGAUCUGUGGUGUGUCUGCGGUGGUGCUGGUCCUGGCCMUGGGCAUGGGCAUCAAGAUCAUGCUGAAGAAGGACUUUGCGAAGACCAAGACCAGGAUGCAGCAGAAUACUCAGAACCUACAGAACACCGCCAACACAACAGAGUAGGGUUUUCUUUUUCCAAAAAUGUGUGGAUAGCAAACAAUAUGGAACAAAUGUUGCAAAUGUCCAUUUCCUUGAGCGCUUGUGUGGACACAAUGUAGGGUUGUCAGCUGUUUUGUUAACAGURAGUAGCCACAAUUGAUAUUUCCAGCCUCUGCCAGUGCAACUUGGUCGGGAAAUCUCAUAAUACCAGUUACCGGUAAUAAACCCUACAACAGAAGUAUUUGGCUMCUGACCAGGCCCAGAGAAACAUACAUACCCAUUCCGUUUUCACUUGUUUAUGCAUCUGUAUCUGUGCAUGUAGUAGACUUUACCUUCAGCCAGAAAGCAAAGGUUAAGUCCUCCAACAAACCUGGAUCUGUCUCAUUCCAGAUUUUCAAAGUACUUUAAAAAAGGAAUAACAAUGUUUAUUUUCUUGUAAAUGUAUUCAAUUCCAGCCUAGAUUAUUUUCACCCUCCACAACUAUUUUGAAUAUGUGUGUU